AUGAAUGAUACGUGGUGGUUGAAAUCGGCGAAACCUCUUGUUGGGGCAUUGUCCUCCAAAGACGCGAAUGCAGAGUUCCGCUCUGCGGAUACUUGCAAGGUUUGCAAUACUGAUUAUGAGUUGAAGGUUUCUCCAUUCGGCGAUGCCCGAGCUCUCGUUGUCACCAGGUGGAUCAACCUCGGCUCUGGUCAAGAUCCGCUCGAUCCGCGAUGGUUGAUGCAUGCUCGCGAGCCAACGUCUAAAGGGCCGGUUUGGUUGGAAAAAAGCGACAUGGCUAUCAGUCCUCGGGUCUUGUUUGAAACUGCUUGCUCCAGUGAUCAAUCCCUAGAAGCUCGUCCCUCCCGCAACUUCGCCUAUCUUCAAGAUCGACGAUACGAAGAGGUUCUGAAGACUUAG